AUGUCUAUCUAUCUAUCUAUCUAUCUAUCUAUCUAUCUAUCUAUCUAUCUAUCUAUCUCAUUCUCCUCAUAUCUAUUUCAAUCUGAUCAUGUCUAUCUAUCUAUCUAUCUAUCUAUCUAUCUAUCUAUCUAUCUAUCUAUCGAUCUAUCUCAUUCUCCUCAUAUCUAUUUCUUCUUCUUAAAUCAUUCAAUAUACAUGACUUUCUUUCAUUCUUUCUUGUUCUUCUCUUCUUUCACAUCCUCUCUCUCUCUUUACAUAUUCUUUUUUAUUUUUCUGUUAAUUCUCUUUCUUACUUACUUUCUUUUUAAUUCUAACCCUUAUUCUGAUUUUUCUCUUUUUAUUUUCGUUCUUUUUCCUUCCUUUUUUCUUUUCUUUUCUCUUUCUUUUUCUCUUUCUUUUUUCUUUCCUUUUCCCUUUCUUUUUGUUCUUUUUUCCACUUUCAUUUUUCUUGAUUUUUUUUCUCUUUCUAAAUUUCUUUUUGACAUUUUCUCUUUUACUUUUUACUAUUUCUUUUCUAAAUUGUUUCCCCUUUUCUCUUUCUGUCGCUUCUUAUUGCUCUUUUCCCUUUCUUUCUUGUUUUCUUUUUAUCUCUUUUUUAAUAAUUUUUUUUUCCCCUCUUUUUGA